GCACCUAUGAAUAGACCUUAUUCAACUCUCAGGCUGCAUGAAUGGAAACACUGGUUCGGUUCACAUGCUGCUCUUGGCGCUCUGAAGGGUCUCAGUGGUACAGUCCAAGUUGCACGUCCCCCCCCCCCCUCCUCCUUGCCCUCAUCUCCUUUCACGACUCCUUCUGGGUUGGUUGGUAAGAAAAGUGAGCCUUUAGUGGGCGUGAGCGAGUGUGUGUUGGUGCUCCUAGGGCGCAUGCGAACUGAGGCCCGAAGGGGAAAGCCUUGCACACAGAUCUAAGCCAGCUGCCCUGAUUUAAACACUUCAUUGCAAGAAGAGUGGAAGCGAAGGGGGAAUCUGCAUGCAAUCCCCCCCCUACCAGUGUGCUCAAAGUACACUGGCAAAGCAGCUGCCCGAUCUACAAGCUACACAUUCGGACGCUUGCAAGUAAAGGCAUUAAGGAGUCUUUCUGUCUCACAUUCUCAGGACUCAAAGGGCACCGGUUGUCCUGAGAGGGGGGUCCUUUAGGCAAACUGACCUCUGGGGUUAACCUGAAUCAGUGUUUGUGGAGCUCUGUGGAGGAGGGAACAGUUAGUGGGAGGUGGGAGGCCACAUUGGGGCUCCUGAGCUGCUCAAGAAGGAGACGAAGCAGUCGCCGGGAAGCAAGGCAAGAGGAGGAUAUGGCCACGGGAGAAAUCACAACACUUCCCUCCACACCUGAUGACGGAGGCAGCGGCGGCUUUCCUCCCGGGAGCUUCAAGGACCCCAAAAGGCUGUACUGCAAGAACGGGGGCUUCUUCUUGAGGAUAAAGCCUGAAGGGGGUGUGGAUGGAAUCCGGGAGAAGACCGACCCCCACAUAAAACUUCAACUCCAGGCGACCUCAGUGGGCGAAGUGGUCAUCAAAGGAGUGUGUGCGAAUCGCUAUCUGGCAAUGAACAGAGAUGGACGACUGUUUGGAGCGUCGGUAAACGACCUUCAGUUCACUGGGGAUCUGUCCCUUGUUGUGAGUGAUAAUAUCUUUAGUUUCCAGAAGUUCGUACCCCCUCGUGAGCUCUGA